CGCACGGCCAUGUGCCCCCCGGUCAGCGCGCGGCACGGGGCCGAGGGCAUGUCCUACCUCCACGCGUCCUGGCUGUAUCAGCUGCAACACGGGGCGCAGCCGGGGGUCUGCUUCGCGUGCUUCAAGACCGCCUUCCUGGAACUCCGAGACCUGCUGGAGCUGGACGACUGGGAGGACGAGGACUGGGACCCCGAGCUGGCGGAGCACGAGGCGGCGGGCUCGGGCUCGGAGCAGGGCGGGUCCCCGGGCUCGGGGCUCGGCUGGGGGCAGGGCCAAGGCGACCCCGCCCAGGGGGGUGCGGCGGGCUGGGGGCCGGGGCCCCCGGCGCCAGCCCCUGCGGGGUCCGAGGAGGCCGGCCCGGACCACCACUUCGUGCCCACCGAGCUGGAGCCUCAGGACGCGGCCCCCCUGGGCCUGGGGCCCGAGGACGCGGACUGGAUGCAGAGCCUGCCCUGGAGACUCGAGGGGCCCCCCACCUGCUCGCACUGGCCGAGCCUCCCUCCCCCGUGGCAGGGCUUUCUCAAGGUGGACCUGCCCCCGGGGGAGCCCAUGGUGCUGGAGCUGGGCGCCACCCGGGCCGUGGACCCCGCCGAGGCCGAGGCCUGGCUGAGGGACCUGCAGGUCAUCUCCAUGGUGGGCUGCUACGACGCCAUCUACCUCCGCAAGAUGACGCCGGGCUGGACGCGGAGGACGCCGGGCCAGGGCUGGCGGGUGCUGCUGGAGCCCGACGAGGUGUGGGUGGUGCGGCUGCAGGACGCGCCGCGGGAGCAGGACCUGCACCGGUGGCAGCUGAGCGUCCUGGAGUCCUCGUUUCCGGGCCAGACCGAAGAGCUGGUCCCCGCGGCCUCGGCCCUGCUCAAGAUGGGCUUCACCAUCCUCUCCUACUCGCCCUGGGCCACGAGGGAGGCGGAGGAGGGGGCCUCGGCGUCCAGGCCGCAGUGCUCGGCCUCCCAGGGCCGCGGUUCGGGAGCCGCUGAGGCCGGGGGCCCCGGGCCCGGGGCGUCCGGGGGGCCCGGGGAGGGCCCGGCUGCCGGUGCCGCCUCGGCCCUGGGGCAGCUGCCCCCGCUCCAGCCCUUCGGCCCAGUGCCCCGGGACUGA